CACAUGGCAAGAGUCAGUGUGUGUAUGUGUGUGUGUGUGUGUGUAAACGCCUUCAGAAUACAUCAGCCCUGCGCUGCAUUCGAUUGUUACUGCGGCGGAUAAAAUCAACGUGCUCAUGUCUGGAGCUUUUGAAUAAACCAGCAAUGGAACAAAAAGGAGAGGAAUACAGCGAUAAAGAAAAUCCCGCUGUGCUUUCGUGGAGCCAAAAUGGCGGCAGCGAGGAAGAGUUUGAUGAAGAAAGAGGUCCUGAUGAAGAAAGACGGGCAAAGAGAUCAUGUGCUGCAAAACCAUCCGAACAGCCGUCACGACUCAACUUCCACAUCCCACGGAAAAGCAGAGAAAAGAGAGAUUUGUUUCAGCAUGUGUCUACAGACUCAAGAGAGUUUUCUGACAUACUGCAGAUCCUUACGUCCUGUUACAAGGAUUCCUUAUCGAUGGGGACAUUUGUGUACUCCAAACCACGCCUUGUACACAAUGAAACACUGGAGAAAGAUUUCAUAGAAAAAAGAAGACAACUAAAAGGGGAUGGACGUACAGAGAAAGAGCUCUCUGAAAGUUUCUGUUUCCUGCUCUGUGAUGCUCAGAAGAUCUCAGCACUGUGUGAAAGCGGUCUGUUUGUUGGCAGCAGCUGGAUGAAUAUGUUGGGCAAUCCAUCCAAAGGUGUAUAUCUGUGUCAGUUCUCUGAUUUACUUCAAAUCAACCCCACGGAGCUUGGAUCUACAGGAAACAUCAUCAUAUUUAAAGUAAUAAAGGGUAAAGUGAAGAGUGUACAUGAUAGUAUGUCCAGAGGUAUGGAUCCUACACCUAAAUUUGAUAGUCAUUUCUCCAAAAACUCAAAACGAGUGACCUCUUUGCAUUCAUACAAGUCAUUUGAAUAUACUCAGCAAUACUUCUAUGAGUAUGUGGACUUUGAGAUUUUCUCCAGGCCAAGACAUGUAUGUCCAUAUGCUGUGGUCUCUUAUCAGUUCAAAGGCAAAGAGGCCUCAACAGUCCCCAAGCAACUGCCCCCUUUUAGGUCCAACAGUCUUCCAUCAGGGAUGAGCGGAGGCAGGCGCAGCUACACAGUCUGGCAAGGACAUUUCAUAAAUGGAGGCAAGGUUGUAUACCAGGCCUGCCUUCGAUCCCACUAUCAACCUUUCCUGCCAUACAAACUGCCGGAGAAAAUUGAGAUUGGUAAAGUUAUGCAGCUGGAGCAGGUGAAACAGAAGAUCCCAUCUGCUCUAUUCUCCUGGAAGCUUUACACAGGCAGCCAUGAAGUGUAUAAGAGUGGCAUGUACAGCAGCAUGUUCGAGGUCCUGGAGAAAGACAAGUCUCCCAAGAGUUUGACUGCAUUGCUGCAGAAACUGGAGGAAAAUGGGCUGGUGUUGGUGAAUAUGGUGAACAACAAAGGUUUUCUCUUUUUCCUGUCUGCCAGCCAGAUGGCCAACUUGAGUGAGCGACGGGGCAAUUGGAAAACGUCAUCGUUGCAAGCUCUUUUCAUUUAUCGUGAGAAACGUGACCUUUUAAACAGCUCACCAAAUCCCUCUGAAGUUUUUGAACCUCUAUCCUCUGAGAUGUGUAAUCCCAUCCUGCCCCAGCAUGAUUUAUUCAUCCCCGCCCUCCACUAUGCCCUCAACAAGGCCCGAAGUGACUCUUCUGCUGACCCUAGUACUGCUGUAGAGCAGCACAUUCAUGACUGUCUUACAAAUCUCAAGGAAGGCAAUUUCCUGCAGCGCAUGAGGAUAGUCUACAAUCCUAAACUGGAUGUCAGGGAAAAGCUGUUCCCUGCUCCUAGAAAAAAGAUCAAUUGGGAAGGCUUCAUGCGGUCAUACAUCUACAACCCGAAAGUGUACACAAUAGUUCUGGAGAGAGUAAAGAAUAAGAUGGAGGAGCUCAGAGUUCAGACUACUCAAAGAACUAAGAAAACAGACCCUCAUGCUGACCCGGAGAAAGUGAAAGAACUGUUGAAACUCAUUCAGCUGAACAAGAGGCACUCAAAGGAAAAAUUAUCUUGUGCAGACGAAACAGGAAGUCCAGUGGCAAUGGAAGACACCUACAUGCUAAAGAGGAAGAUAGAAUUGGACUCCCUUGAUGGAAACUCGAAGCGUCAGAGAAAUCAACUCUUAAAUGAGGAGUUCAGUGAAGGGGAGAGGUCGUGCAGUCCAUCCUUAGGCUGUGUCCUAAACAGCGCUGGCCUCCAGGACACAGACCUGAGAAAGGAUAAAACUCAGGGUGCGCUAAAAAUCAUGGAGGUGCUGGACAGCUUAGGAAAGACGAGUCUUGACACAGACCUGCGCAAGGAGAAGGCUCAGGGUGCUCUGGAAGUCAUUAAGCUGAUAGACAAUCUGACCCGAGGCACAGCAGAGUCGCCAAAAAUGAAAGAGGUGGAAACAGCAGACAUUUCUGAUGCAUCACUGUAUGACAGCAUGUUAAGACUCGGCCUCCCGACUGACCGUGACAUCGACCUGAGAAAACCGUUUACUGAUGAAGAACCAGAUAGGACUGACUGUCUUGAGGAGACCUCUGGAAGCUUGAGUAGUUUAGAAGCAUUUAGCCCAUGCUCAGAUUCUGGAGGACAACAACGUGGUGUCAACCUGCUCGGGGAAAAGACAAUCCCAUGGGUACUGAUACCAAUCACAGGUCUAAAAACAGAAAGAUAUUCCCAAAGACAAAUGGAUUAUCCUGAAGAUCCACGUUUCCUUCAGAGCCCAACAGUCUCUACACACACUACACCGGACAUGAAGGAACUUUCACCACCCUACCAGCCCGACAGCAGCAACAUAGUGGCUGAAGCAGAUGUUCAGACUGCUGAAGAGAUUGAGGAUGAAUCAUCUGCUGCAGCAACAUUUACUGACUGUCCUGCAGACACCGGGGCACCACUGAGUGCUGUUGACAACAUAGUUGAUGAGUUGAUUUCUGGGUUUUCCACAGAGGUUGAAGAACUUUUGAGGGACAAACAUAUUUAUUAUGUUUCCUGCUCAAGCACUCAGGGCCCUCGUGAACCCCCCCAAAGUCCAGUGCCACCUUUGUCUGAUUACAUCUCAAACUUCAACACGCCAUUUCCUGUCAAUAACUACAUCAGCUCUUUCCAUGACAGUCUCAUGUUGUUCAUAGACUCCCAGCAUGUUGAAAGACAACACACAGCUUCAGAAGAUGUGUCGUCUUCCUUCGGUACCAAUGUUUCUUUAAAUAUCCCUGCAAAUUCUUGUGUUUCUUCAUCUUCAGCCCCUAAACCCAGACACAGCUCUGAAUCUCUAAAGUCAGGUUCCUCUGAUACUGCCCUACCUGCCCUAAUAACACAAUCACAACAUCAGUCAAGUCCACUUCAACCUGAGGUUCACCAUACACCCCAGAAAAUAAGUGGGUUAGACCGGGACGGAACACAAGAGAUGCAGAAAGACAACAUCACUCAUGAAAAUCAGGACGAUAUGUUGGGUGAUUUAAAGAGUCAUUCAGUUGCAGAGCAAACAGCGACCCCUUCAGUAAAGAGUGACGAUGUUUCACAUUCUGCCAUCAGUAGCAUCAUUGAUCAGUUGCAGCCAGAGGUUAUCAUUAACCUGGUGGAGAUCAUUAAAGGUGUGCAGAAAAACACUGUUUACUUCUACGUCCAUUCUCCGGAUGUUGAAGAGAGUGAUGUCUGUUGGGAAAUAAAGGAAUAUUUGAAAAAGUUGGGGAAUUUGGAAUGUAAUCCCCAUAGCUUCCUUGAAAAAAACAUUGGUCCAGAUAAACUUUUGGUCAUCAUUCAGAAUAUGGACAUUGCUGCCCAAGUUCACAAGAUACCUGCUUUAGUCUCAUUGAAGAAGCAUCAGUCUGUGAGCUUUGCUGGUGUUGACAACCAUAGUGAUAUUCAAAACCACACCUAUAAUGAACUGUUCCAGUCCGGGGGGUUCAUUGUUUCAGAUGAAUAUGUGCUGAAUCCGAAUGUCAUCACAGCAGAGAAACUUGAAAACAUCCUUCAGUAUAUUGAGCAGCUCAACUCUAUUCAGAACCCCUGGAGAUGGAGGAUACACUUCAAAUCUUACAAGAAAAUCAGAGAGCAAAGCAGGCUCACAGGUGAGGCUUUGAGUUUGUAUGAGAUUCUCACUGCUUACGAGAAGAGACACGUUGUUGAAAUCUUGCCAUAUCACGACUGUGACACCCCGUCACGAAAAGCACCUGAUCUGGACUGUCUAGUUGAUCUGCAAUCAAGGUUCAUCAAACAGCGACACCUAAUAUUUUUGACAGGCUGCCGAUUUGAGAUGUUCCCUCACUACUCAAGCAGUGGUAUCAUGAUUGCCCAUGUGGACGAUAUAAAGUUUAUAAUAAGCAGUUUAUCUGGUGGUGUCAGUGAAAAUGUUGAGACAAUCCCAUCUGCUGAGAUUUACUCCACUUCUACUUCAACAUCCUUGAGAGAUGAUAGCACGCCCAUAGACUACUCGGAGGACUCCACAAGAGAAUCUGUCUCACUUCAGCCUAUCCAUGUUGAUACAGAUCAGCACUCAUUUCAUACAGCUGAGCCGUACCCCUGUGUUUCUGAAUCUUCUGUUCAGGACCAACCUUUAGCCAUAUCAGCCAGUGAAAAUAAAAAAGAAUUAGAUUUUAAGGCUCUCAGUGAAACAAUUUCCCAGUUCAAGGCAUCCAGGAUGCUAGAAAAAUCUGAUGCAGGUGAAAUAUUACAAUGUUCCUUUAGAGUCGAUCCUCAUCAGAGCUUUCUGAGUCACAUCGAUUUGACUGAUUCUUAUCAUCAGUACUCCUCUCAGAACAAUGAUUUGUCUAAUACUGCUGUUAAGACCCUAGUGUCUAAUACUUCAAAUCAAAUCCAGUCAGUCAGAGACUGCAGUGAGCCCAGCCCCAUUCUGGAAUCGGGCAUUACAGCAUUUACAGAUGCUCAAACGAGCUGUACUUCAGUUUAUGAAAAUACAGAAGUUGUGUCUUCUGAUACACCUCCUGUUGAAGUCAAUGAUGAAAUGCAAGAAGUCACAGCCAUGGAUGAUGGUUUACUGCUACAUGCUGAGUCUAUCAUGGAUGCUGAGAACUUCAGCAAUAUGUCUGACCAUUUCAAACCCUGGGAGAACUUGAGCUCCAUCAACCACACAAUGGACACUCAGUCAGGCACAACGAAUAAUGGGACCAAAUGUGACAGUGGCCAAGAAUCCAAUGAAAGAGCCAUGACGGCACAGGACAACACCAAUUACUCUGAACCACCUGAUAGGGACAAACAUGGGAGAAAUGAUCUCCUUAUCACACCUAGCAAUACUGGAUAUGGCAGGGAUCAUUUUAAUUCAGUGAGCCACAUGGCGUUGCAGCAAAGUAGCUUCAUCCCAGCACAACACAGAUCCAUGGUUGUGAACUCCCCAAGGUUUAUAUGCCACAAUGGUGCUAUUGGACAUCCUCUUUUAAACUGCAACAUUCCCAACACCCUUGGAGUUGUAGGACCUCCAGUCUUGAGAGGACUCUUACCAAAUCAUGCCAUGCAAAUGGCAUGGAACAGUUUAACACAAGGGCCGGCAUCCGUCUUCUGGGGUGCUCAGCCUGGCGUGAAUGUACAGCAGAUACAAAGAGCUCAGUUUAUUCAGACUUGGCAUGGAAAUUCCGGACUCCAAGGAAAUGGUUAUCAUUCCAAUAGGGGAGGCUUCGGUGGCUGGUGAACCAUCAAUGCUUGUAGAAAGUUUUCAUAAUGUUUAGUAUAACUGAAACACUGUCUUUUUUGUAUAACUAGAAAAUAACAAAACAGUUCCAGGUUUUUACAGCCUCAAGCAGAUUUUUUUGGAGAUCAAUAUAUUUUGCAAGCUACAGCAUGUUCGUCAAUCUGAUAAUAUUGGUUAUUUUUGCCUAUAUGGAAACACUGCAGCCAAGUCACUUUAUAGUCCUGGUUUUAAUUUUAUUUUUAUAA